UACGCUUUUCUUAUCCAAUAUUGUUUUCAGGCCGGUUUCGAUUGUAAUACUAGCAAGUGUUGAAAUGGCAAGCCAACAACAACAAGCUCGACCCAUGUUCCGGUUUGCUUCCAUGCUUCGCCCGGCCGGCGCGCCACCGCCUCCGCCUCCCGCCGCCGCCGCCGCCCCACAACCCAUGUUUCGGCCCCCCAUGGCUGCCCCAUUUAGGCCUCCGCCACCUCAAACUCGAGAUCCUAGCCCCCCUCAAAGGCCAGCAACCGCUCCCGCUCCCGCGCCGGCGCCUCCUCCCCCUACAGCUCCAGCGCCACCGCAACCGGUGGCGCCACCUCCGGCUGCUCCUCCUGCCCCGCGCUCCCCUGCUCGAACUGUCCAACCAAGGUUUACAGUCGGGGCACCACCUCCGGCGCCGGAGCCGCGUCCCGCUGCCGCCAUUCCCUCAGCGCCCAAAUCGCCGGCGGUGACUAGAACAUCGGCGGCGAUUCCGGCCGUGCAGGAUUCCACUCGGCCGUUUCAGCUUUAUCAAGCUCCCAAACCGGCUACUUCAUCAUCAUCAAGAUCUCCACCGCCAUCACCCAGAAACCUUGAGCCUGCCAUGAAAGAAACCAAUCAGUAUUCUCCCAAAGUCAAGCCUGCAGUUUCUCCUCUGAAACUUCCCCCGGCGGCUCAGUUUAAGUCGGAAGCAGAGGUGGAACCAAGAAUCCCGGCGGAAAUUGAUCAGAAAACGGUGGUGGUUCAACAAAGAUCUGAAAGAAACAAGGCAACUGCCCAGAAAUUCAAUGCCACCCAAAGGUAUGGCAGCAGCGAGACUGACUGGACCGGAAAGAGAGAAGCAAUGAUGACCAAAGACAAAGACAACGUUCAUCACAAGAAACGAUCAGACACCGAAGAGUCACUCGGAAUAAGUAUUCUCACACUUGCAGGAGAGAACAAGGGAGCCAUGAUGGAGCUUAGCCCUGCCCAAGCUAAUAAGCAUGGCUUCAACGGCAACCCUCGCAGGCUUCAGAAAGAAUGGAGCGAGGGGGAGAAAUCUGGGAAGGAAAGCGACGAAGAAGAAGGCAAGUCUAGGAUGGGGGAGAAGAACAAUAAUCCAAAGGGGACGGAAUCUUUGCCCAUGACUGCUUUCACGAACAGCAAUGUGCAAGGAGUGAACAAUUCAGUUCUCCACAAUGCAACAUGCACUCACCAUGACCCUGGUGUUCAUCUCACCUUUUCCAGAAAGGCUGGCCGCUAUACCAAGGAGGCUCAGCGCCUCAAGGACUAAUGGUGUAUGAACAUCAUACCCUUUAUACCCUAUCUACUUCUGUUUCCAGUAUUUGAUGUAAUUGAUGAUUGGAGUGAUCGAUAUGAUACAUAAAGGGGCCGGGCAUGCAUGGACUCUUAUUCCUCAUGGCUGCAUUCCACUUGUGCUGGAGGGUGAUCAGGAUAUGUCCUUUAAUUUGCCCAAUUUCAAUUCCCUUACUAAUAUUUUAUAUAUGUUACAUACGUUGUAUUAUGUUUAAUGUAAAGAAACCCCAAUAAAUGAGCAAUAGAUACACUGCUGCGGCACUGUUGUAUGCUCAUCAUUUCUGUUCUAAAGAUUUUUCUAUUCUAAU